AUUCCUAAAAGCCACCGAUAGUAUGUAAGAUGGGGGUGGCAGUAUACGCUGUAUAUCUACUUGUAGCAUACAUUUCAUUCCAAAUAUUUCUUGUUUUAAAAACGUUUGCAAAGAAUUGGAUCACUUUCAAAGAUGUGCCCGGCCCCCCGCAUCGACCAUUACCUCUCGUAGGACACUUACUCAGAGAACGCGUAGGAGUAGAGGAAUUUUACACACGUAUCACUACCGGCUUGAAUGAAAUGGCGAUUUCAAGUGAGCGUGAAGUGGCGUGCGUCUUUCUAGGCCCGAUACCGGUUUUGUUCAUUUGCGGUCCAAAUGCAGCAGAAGUAAUUCUCCGGAGCUCCAAACACAACGAAAAAGGCUUCAUGUAUCAUUUUUUAACUGAAUGGCUAGGAACGGGUUUGUUGACAUCAAAAGGUGACAAAUGGAAGGAAAGGAGGAGAUUACUCACGCCGACAUUCCAUUUCAGCAUACUCCAAGAUUUUCUUGAGGUCAUGAACGAACAAUCAAGCGUUUUUACAAGAAAUUUGGAAAAAUUUGCUGAAACUGGAGAACGUUUGGAUAUUUUUAAUCCAGUUACGUUGUGCGCACUUGAUAUCAUAUGCGAAACAGCAAUGGGAAAGAAGAUUAAUGCCCAGGAUAAUUCAGAGUCGGACUAUGUCACUGCUUUGUACACGAUAUCAGAGAUGUUAUUCAAUCGAAUACGGUCUCCAUGGUUAUGGCCGGAUUUUACGUUCUCUCUCACAAGUAGUGGUAAACGGUAUUACAAAUGCUUGAAUACUUUACAUGGCUUCACAAAAUCUGUCAUAAAAGAUCGAAUGCAAAAUUUUAAUCUUGAUGAAGAUGCAACCUCUGAUGUUAAAAAACGACCAGCGUUUCUCGACCUUCUGCUUAGAGUUUCGGACAACGGAAAAGUACUUUCAUUUGAAGAUAUUCAAGAAGAAGUGGAUACAUUUAUGUUUGAAGGCCACGACACAACUGCUGCAGCAAUGUCAUGGGCAAUCUUUUUAAUUGGAUCUCACCCGGAAGUUCAAGUAAGAAUUCAGGAAGAAUUGGAUGAAGUAUUAGGACAAGAUAUGAACAGAAAUAUAACCAUGGAUGAUCUUCGAAAGUUGGAUUAUCUGGAACUUGUUGUGAAGGAAUGUUUGAGGGUUAUACCAUCUGUUCCACUCAUCGGAAGAGUUACAAGCUGUGAAUGCGAAAUCGAUGGACACAAAAUACCCGAAGGCUCGGAAUGCUUGCUAUUUCCUCAACUUGUGAACAACUUUCCAAAAUUUUGGCCGGAUGCUGAAAGUUUUAACCCGGAAAGAUUCACUGUUGAAAAUAGUGUUGGAAGACAUCCAUACGCAUAUCUUCCAUUUUCUGCUGGUCCUCGAAAUUGCAUUGGUCAGAGAUUUGCAAUGAUGGAGGAGAAAGUUAUGUUGGCACAUUUGUUCAGAAAAUUUUCUGUCGAAGCGUGCGAUAAACGUGAAGAUAUAAAACUACUUGGAGAUCUUAUUCUACGACCUGGAGACGGUAUCAACGUAAAACUGAAGAAAAGAUUUGAAUAAUUUGACAAUUUUUGUUUUCUAAUGUGCAAUUUAUAAUCGAUAUCCAGAUUCAAUUUUGAAUUUGAAGUAAUACACUGUAAUUUGUAUUUUCUUACAAUUAACAAAAUUUGCAAAGAUUAUUUAUUGAUUAUUGUUCAAAUGAAAUAAAGUUAAACACGCUUUUACAGUA